AUGAAGAUUUUUUUAUCUUUCGCGAGUUCAAUUUUCGCUCAGAACUGCGUUCGAUAUUUCGUUCCGGGCAUAAAAACGACUGAUGAUUGUAGAGCGGUGUGUGAUUUGUCAGAAAUUUGCCACUGCUACUCGCUAGAGAAGUCCUAUGGAAAUUGCAUUUUCAAGAACUCGGAUUAUACUGAUGGAUGUAUUGAAACGCUGACUUGCAGAGAAGCAGAUGCUCAUUUCGACUCAGAAUGCUUCUACAACGGUCCUGAAGAUGGGCCAAUCAAACCCGGCUGGAUCGGAGUCUGGGAAAACACUUACAUCACUGAAGGCGACGUUCCGAAAUUCGAGGAAAUUUCGGCGAUCGACUCAAAUUUGUUUGCAGAGUACAUAGCUGUUCCGGUCGAUUCAGUCGGAAAGUGCUUCGAAAUUUGUCGACUUUCGUCAAGCUGCUCUUGCUACUCGUUUUUGAAGACUGGGGAGAUGGAGACUGGACAGUGCUUUUUCAAAGAACAAAUUCUAGAAGACCCGGAAAAGGGGUUCGAAGAAGGAAAUUACAUCGACGGAGCGGAUUUUAUCGAAAACGAUGCGAGAUUUAUGUCCGGAUGUGUCGAUUUUCAGGAGCCCACAAUUGGCCGAAUUUCAGGGGGUGAUGUUUUCUGCUCACUGACAAGCCGACCAUCAGAUGUUUUUGAGAAGCUGAUAAGUUAUCUUGAUUGGAUGUUCUCUCACAAUGUUACUUACCAAGAGAUGGUCGACUGGGCCCUCAAUUACUUCAAAAAUGUCGCAAAUGACCGCGUUUUUCUCAUCGCUGCUUACAGUACAAAAGAUGGUGCCAACGCAAUGGUGACAAAAAACUGCAGCUUGAAUCCGGACGGAAAGUGUUUUCGGCAAAUUUCUCCUGAUGAGAGCCAGGAAUUUCUCGUCAUUGAUGUCGAAAUGAAGAAAACUGAGGCCUCGCCAGACUGGAGAGAUAUUAUGUGGAAGAUGAGAUCUUCGGACAAGCAUUUUUCCGAUGAAAAUGGCCUCCGAGUUGAUCCAGGUUGUGAGUCGAGUCCGUUUUUCAAUUCCUACUACGAAACAAUCCGGGAAAAAUCGACAGUCUACUCUGCUAUCAGUUGGUGUGGAAGCUCGGUGAAAAAUCACAUGAGCGAAUUCGCCAUCGGUUUUACUCCAAAUUACUACACGAUUUCGCCAUAUAUCAACUACGACCGAAAAUCUGCCAAUUUCCAAACAGUUUCUUUUUCCACAUGUUGCUGGUCAUUAUUUGUCAGUCCUUGA